CCCCGGGACUUUUCCCUCGCCCUUCUCCUGUGCUUUCCCGAUUCCCCUUCUCCUCCUUGAAGCUAGUCAGCUCUGUGGGGGGCCUGGGUCGCCUUCAGGCUUUAGCCCGCCAGCCCCCUGGGGGGCUCCCUCUCCCCCCUGGAAAGCUGCCCUUUUCACGCUCUCACAUCUGCCCCUCCGGGUGUCUCCUGUACGCCUUCAUUUUGUCUGUAACCUCCCCCCCUUUUGCUAGAGAGUGGCCACUUGGCCGCCCCCCGACUUCUGGUGCCCACCCUCAUCUCGCGUCUCUGUCAGCCGCUGGGGAAGAGCCCGCCAUCGGGGGCAGAAGCCUGGAAGGCCCAGCAGGAGAGGGGGGACGCGGAGGGGGCCGGGGUCUUGGAAGUCGCAGGCGGACUCGGGGGGCGCUCUCGGCCCUCCCCCCCAGCCUCCCACUGAGAUUGCUGGGGACGGAGGCGGCUUCGGGGUUUGUAUGGAUGUUCCGGGCUUAAUUUGAGUUUACUGAACGAGUAAGUGCUUAAUAAACGCCUCGCACGGAGCGGCCGCCAGUGCGGGGGACAUUGGGGUCUUUUUUUCUUGGGGGGGGGGGGGGAGAAGGCCCUCGGGAGCCGGAUUGGAGCGAAACGGCACAAACGCACCAGCCGCAGAAAAGCAAGAUGGCAGUUCGUUCUCCCCUCCUUCCAGCAGGGCCGCGGGGGUCUGGGCAUGCGCAGCCACCGCCCUGGGCACAUGCCUACAUUUCCCGGAAGGCCUUGCGGGUGCGUCCCGGAGCUCCGGGAAGGAUUUCGUCACAUCCGCUCCUGCCGCCAAGGAAAGCCCGUAUCUUCAGGUCUCGGGCCGGGCGAGUCGGUACCGGGACCGGAAGGGGAGGACCUCUCAGCACCGGGAAAGGAACCUAAACAAGAGAAGCCUCACUUCAUCCCGCCUCUAUGUAAUCAUUGGUCUGGCCAAGGCGGGGUGGGGAAGUCUGUGACCAAUCAGCUGUCGCCUCGGGGACCAGAAGGUUACAGACGUUGAACGAAUCAUCUCAGAGCCUGCCUAGAUUUUUUUUCUCCCCGCCCAGGCACGCCUCCUUCCCAGCCGCAGGCUCCCAUUGGACAGAUUCCGGAGCCGGGAUUAGGCCUGGCCCCGCCCCCUUGCCAGUAUGGACACGUGCGGCUCGAGUAGUGGGCCCGUCCCCUGGCUGCCCUGCUGCCAGCUGACAAGGUCAGCGCUCCGACCUUGGCCUCCGGGCUCCGGGGCUCGCAGGCCUCCCCCAUGUAGCGCUCUUCCCCCUGUCCCCGGGCCCUAAAAGGAUUGCGAGGAGGUGGCAGCCAUGACUCCCGGGACCCCGCCCACCGGCGCCCAUCAGGAGUCGGUGACCUUCAGGGAUGUGGCUGUGGAGUUCACUCUGGAGGAAUGGGGACGCCUGGACCCUUCUCAGAAAGAGCUGUACCGGGAGGUGAUGCUGGAGAACUAUGGGCACCUGGUGUGCCUGGGACUCACAGCUUCCAAGCCUGAUGUGAUCAGCCAGCUGGAGCGAAGGGAAACACCCUGGAGGCCGAGGCAAGGACCGGGCAGCAGCUGGGCGGAUUGGAAGCCGGGCCCUGAAACCAAGCAGUCUUCUCCCACGCGUGGCUUCUCCGUGGAAGAUUCAUCUCCAGGAAGAUGCAUGAGGGACUUCCCUCUUGUCCCCACUCUGGCAGAAGCCUGGCGAGGGGAUGCCGGCUUAGAGGGGCAGGAGAGCGAUGACGACAGAUACCCUCAAUAUGUAAAACUCACCCAGCAGAAACCUUCCAAUAAACUGAGAGGCCACCGAUAUAAGAAGUGUGGCAGGAAUUUCAGUCUGAGGGCAGGUCUUCCACCCCAGCAGAAAUUACCUGGAGGAAAGAGUGUCCACAAGUGGGACAUGCGUAGACAGAACCUCAGACUUUACACGGAGCUAAGAAAAUGUUAUGGGAUGUUCUCAAAGAAGAUAUUUCCUAAGUAUAACGACUGUAAGAAAGCCCCGAUUUGUAAGGCAGGUCUUGUUGAAAAUCAUAAGGGACGUUCUGAAGGGAAGCUCUACGAAUGUCCUGAAUGUGGGAAGGCGUUCCACCAGAGGGGCAAACUUAGCAUGCACCAGAGAAUCCACACCGGAGAGAAACCUUACGCCUGCGAUGCUUGUGGGAAGGCCUUCCGAAGGAGCGCGGAACUCGGCGUCCAUCAGAGAAUCCACAGUGGAGAGAAACCUUAUGAGUGUAAUCAGUGCAGAAAGGCCUUCCGAAGGAAAACGCACCUCACCGUGCAUCAGAGGAUUCACAGCGGAGAGAAGCCGUACGCGUGCAGCGAGUGUGGGAAGGCCUUCCACCGCAGCUCCAUGCUCACUCAGCACCAGAGGAUCCACACCGGAGAGAAGCCCUACGAGUGCGGCGAGUGCGGCGGUCUCUUCCGCUGGAGAACGUACCUCACCGUGCAUCAGAGGAUUCACAGCGGAGAGAAGCCGUACGCGUGUGGCGAGUGCGGGAAGGCUUUCCGCCAGAGGUCGCAGCUGACUCUGCAUCAAAGAAAGCACACUGGGGAGAAGCCCUACGAGUGCGGCGAGUGUGGGAAGGCCUUCUACCAGAGCACCGGGCUGACUCUUCACAAGAGGAUUCACACCGGGGAGAAGCCUUAUGCGUGUGCCCAGUGUGGGAAGGCCUUUUACAGGAACAGAGGCCUGAGUAUCCACCAGAGGAUCCACACUGGAGAGAAACCGUACGAAUGUAAAGAGUGUGGGAAGGCCUUUCGACAGAGCUCACAGCUGACUCUGCAUCAGAAGAUUCACACCGGGGAGAAGCCUUAUGAAUGUAAAGUCUGCAGCAAGGCCUUCCGCCUGAGCCGGGGACUCACCGAACACCAGAGGAUUCACACUGGGGAGAAACCCUAUGGAUGUAAUGAGUGUGGGAAGGCAUUUCGACAGAGGUCUCAGCUUAUUGUGCAUCAGAGGAUUCAUACAGGACAGAAACCUUAUGAAUGUAGAGAGUGUGGGAAAGCCUUUGGCCAGAAGUCUCAACUCACUCGACACCAGAGAAUCCAUAGUGAAUGUGACCCUUAGGAAGGAUUGACUGAGGGUUCAUACUGAAGAAAACUUUAUGGAUUGGGAAUGUCGUCAAAAAAUAGCACUUAGUCAAAACCAGAUAACUCUUAGGGACAUUUAUGAAUGUAAUGAUGUUGGGAAUGCUGUUUUUUUUUGUUGUUGUUGUUUGUUUGUUUUGUUUUUUUAAAGCAAACCUCAAUUCAUGAUAGGAGAGGUUAUAAAUCUAAUUAACAUGGAAAUUUUUUCAUCAAGAUCACAAAGCUUAUUGAACACCAAAUAAUCCAUAUUGGAGAAAAGUAUUAUGAAUGAAAGGAUUUUAGCCAGAGCCACAAUCUUUUAACUGAAAAUUAGAAAUUUCAAACUAAAACUGUAGCUAAAGUAAAUCCUUGCCUAAUUAUCCAUAAAAGCUCUUAAAAAUGUUCCUUCCUUGCACAUUAAACACCUGGACUCCUAAUUUGUUGAGAAAUGUGUGGCAUUUGCUCUCUUGGCCAAUUCCCUAAAAACAUCUUGUGGAUUGUCAUCCAUAUUCUUACUCCAUCCUGUACGGAGGAAAAGCCAUUUCUACAUUUGCUGAAAAUUCCUCCUGCACUUUGCAGAAUUCCCUCCCUCUGACCUCUCCAGGACCUGCCUUCAGCAAUCAUUCAGUCUGAUGCCUUUGGCCAUUUACAAACGCCCAAGUCUCUACAGUACUAGAAAACAGCUGCCAAAAGCAGCUUUCUCUGGACCUCCUGCACCAGGCAGCAACAGCCCCAUCUCUUUUGACAGUUACUGCAGAUCUCUCUGUCAGCUCCUUCCCGUGCUCUGAAGGUCCAAGUUUGUCUUCAUGAAACUGUUUCUCCUGCGUUCACCAUUGACCUCCUGUUCAAUCUCAAAAUGAUAUCAGAGUAAUUUCCUUUUGGAUACUCUGUCGACUUUUGUCUUUCAGAACACUCCUCAACUCUCACUUAAUAAGAGCUCAGAUUUGAAAUGUACUUUGAAGUUCACAAAGCAUGUUCAUCUCCCUUUGAGGUGAAAUGUGGAGUAUUCUUACCCUCUGUUUACAAACAGGGACACCGAAGGUUGGACUUGCCUGUGGUGUUUUCAUGCCCAGGCCUUCUGGGCAGGAUGCUCAUACUCUGCACCACGAGCUGCCUGUUUUCCUGACUUGUAGCUAACUGCUUGUUCCUUUCUUGUCUCUUCACAGGGUUCUUGCUUUUUUCACAGCCAGUUAUAUGGCUGUUCUCUAAAAGUCUGUCCUUGACUCCCUUCUCUCUGCCCUAUCACCAUUAUGAUUAUGAUAAUUCACACUUCUGUAAUGCUUUGAGGUUUCAAAGGGUUUGCAUGUGAUCCUGUUUGAUCGCCAUAAGAACUCGGAUGAGUCGGUGCUGUUAUCUCCAUUUUGUGACCUCUGCCACUCUGCCACAGUGCCCUUCUGGAAGCUAACAGCCUGCCUUUCCCAGAUCCUCUUGAUUCCAGUGCCUUUGCUCUUUUGUUUUCUGUUGAUCUCAUGCAGUAUAUAGCUUGUUUGCACACAGCUGUUUGCCUUUUGCCUCCCCCAUGAGACUGAGCUCCUUGAGAACAAGAACAAUCUUUUUGCCUCAUUUUGUAUCCCUGGCAUUUAGCACAGAAUUGACUCAAUAAAUAUUUAUUAUUCAUUUA